AUGUUCCCCCAGGGUCGACACCCGACGCCCCACCAGGCCCCGGGCCAACCUUUCAAAUUCACCAUUCCAGAGUCACUGGACCGCAUCAAAGAGGAGUUCCAGUUCCUCCAAGCCCAGUACCACAGUUUGAAACUGGAGUGUGAGAAGCUGGCCAGUGAGAAGACAGAGAUGCAGAGGCACUAUGUUAUGUACUAUGAAAUGUCUUAUGGGCUGAACAUUGAAAUGCAUAAACAGACAGAGAUUGCCAAGAGGCUCAACACCAUCUGUGCACAAGUCAUCCCCUUCCUCUCACAGGAGCACCAGCAGCAGGUGGUCCAGGCGGUAGAGAGAGCCAAGCAGGUCACCAUGGCUGAACUCAACGCCAUCAUUGGGGUACGGGGACUUCCCGGCCUACCAUCCACUCAGCAGCACCUGUCCCACGCGCACAGCUCCCAUGUCCCCCUCACACCCCACCCCGCGGGGCUCCACCCGGCCCAUUUGGGGGGAGGGGCCAGUCUGCUCGCCCUGUCCAGUGCCCUGGUGGUGCCGCCACCCCACCUGGCCAGCAAAGAGGACAGGAAACACCCAGUGGAGGCCGAGCACCUGAGAGAGAGAGAGCCAGGCACAAGUAAUACCCUGCUGGUUGCUGACAGUUUGCGUAACUCAGACAAGCGGCGCAACGGACCAGAAUUUGCCAACGACACCAAGAAGAGAAAAGUGGAGGACAAGGACUCCAGUCAUUAUGAUAGUGAUGGAGAGAAGAGUGAUGACAACCUGGUGGUGGAUGUCUCCAAUGAGGAUCCUGCCUCCCCACAUGGUACGCGCCUACCAUCCCCCAGGGAGAAUGGGCUGGACAAGACACGCCUCCUGAAGAAGGACCCCUCCUGUAGCCCUGCCUCCACAGCCUCAUCUGCAAGCUCCUCCUCCCUCAAGUCCAAAGAGAUGGGAAUGCGUGAUAAGCCGGGUACGCCUGGGCUGAAGUCGAGCACACCUACUCCCAGAGGAGACUCCACCCCCGGUCCCAGCGCCACUCCCAGUCUCCGGCCAAGCCUUGUCAAGCCCCCCUCCAUGGAGCUACCUCACCCACCUACUCUUGUGUACCCCUUAGCUGCUGGUCUGCGAACCCCACUGGCGGUGCCUGGGUCGUACCCCGGGCCUUUCGGAAUGCUGCCCCACGCCACCAUGAACGGGGAGCUGGCGGGCGCCGCCUACGCCGGCCUCCACAACAUGUCCCCUCAGAUGAGUGCUGCGGCUGCUGCCGCCGUGGCCGCAUAUGGACGCUCCCCUAUGGUGGGCUUUGACCCUCAUCCUCACAUGAGAGUGCCUGGAAUGCCCCCCAGCUUAUCAGGCAUCCCUGGAGGCAAACCGGCCUACUCUUUCCACGUUAGCGCCGAUGGACAGAUGCAGCCGGUGCCCUUCCCUCCGGACGCCCUAGUGGGCCCGGGCAUCCCACGCCAUGCUCGCCAGAUCAACACUCUGAGCCACGGCGAGGUGGUGUGUGCCGUCACCAUCAGUAAUCCCACGCGCCACGUCUACACGGGCGGCAAAGGCUGCGUCAAGGUCUGGGACAUCAGUCACCCUGGCAACAAGAGUCCCGUGUCCCAACUGGACUGCCUGAACCGAGACAACUACAUCCGCUCUUGCCGGCUGCUCCCCGACGGCCGGACGCUCAUCGUGGGGGGCGAGGCUAGCACGCUGUCAAUCUGGGACCUGGCCACGCCCACCCCACGCAUCAAGGCGGAGCUGACCUCCUCUGCCCCCGCCUGCUACGCCCUGGCCAUCUCCCCCGACUCCAAGGUUUGCUUCUCCUGCUGCAGCGACGGGAACAUCGCCGUCUGGGACCUGCACAACCAGACCCUGGUUAGGCAGUUCCAGGGUCACACAGACGGAGCCAGCUGUAUUGACAUCUCCAAUGAUGGGACCAAGCUGUGGACAGGGGGGCUGGACAACACAGUCCGAUCCUGGGACCUGAGGGAGGGACGCCAGCUGCAGCAGCAUGACUUCACCUCACAGAUCUUCUCUCUGGGGUACUGUCCGACGGGAGAGUGGCUGGCGGUGGGGAUGGAGAGCAGUAAUGUAGAGGUGCUCCAUGUCACCAAGCCAGACAAGUACCAGCUGCACCUCCACGAGAGCUGUGUGCUCUCACUCCAGUUUGCCUCAUGUGGUAAAUGGUUUGUGAGCACAGGGAAGGAUAACCUGCUGAACGCGUGGAGGACACCGUACGGAGCCAGUAUAUUCCAGUCGAAGGAGUCUUCGUCGGUGCUAAGCUGUGACAUCUCAGUCGAUGAUAAGUACAUAGUUACAGGUUCUGGAGAUAAGAAGGCCACUGUCUAUGAAGUCAUCUACUAGACUGCACUAGUGAGUGGAUCGGCCACUGACAAACCAAAGUGGCUUUUUACUGUCCUACAUCUGACCCUGGGUCAGGGAAUCCUAAAGAACAUUCUAUAUACGGGACCUUUCUACUGUCCUACAGCUGACCCUGGGUCAGGAUAUCCUACAGGACAUUCUAUAUUCAUUACCAUGGGCAGAGCCCCCAGAACAAUGACUGAUGGAAAUGCGGACCGAAACCUCAAAUAUGCCGAAUUAACAGCAUUGACGUUUUUAUUUUGACAGACGAAGAAUGUGAAUGGCCUGGUGACCUCUACCCUUUGUGACCCCUAACCUCUGACCCUAGCCUGCUUUUCUGCCAGACAUGAGCCCCCACACUGACUCUUCACCCUAGUAUCGUGUCCCAUCCUACAUGUCUGCUAUCGUGUGAUUAGUUCAGUUUUAUUCUCUUUGUAUUUUUAUCGGUUGAGCGUUUGUAAAAAAGUGUAUAUAUUUCUUUUCUUACAGUAAAUGCUUUAGAAAUAACAAAUGUUUGCUAUGUCUUUUACAUGGAGAAUAAUCUAACCAGGAAAAAACACUAAAUGGUCUUAAUGCUAGCUAAUAUAAAUCUAAAGAAAUUACUAGACAAUAAAUGUUAUUUUUUUUCUUCGAACAAACGUCUUUU